GCGUGUGGCUGCGGGCUUUUAUUUUGAAACGCCCGGAAGUCUCGGAGAGGCGCGUUCAGCUUCACGCGCUCGUUCCCCUCGGAGACUCCGACAUCAUGGCGGACGCUGAUUCUUGGGACGCUGAUAGUUUCGAGCCCGAGGAGCCUAUCAAAAAGGCGGCAGUUCAUGACAAAUGGGAGGGCGAGGACGAAGACGACGACGUGAAAGAUAACUGGGAUGAUGAUGAUGAUGAUGCCGACGAGGAAGAGGAGGAGGAAGAAAAGGAGGAGGAAAAAAAGUCAGAGGCUAAACCUACAGAAAAGAAGAAACUCAGUGAGAAAAUAAAAGAAAAGGAAAAUUUACAAAGGAAAAAACAAGAGGAGCUCGUUAAACGAAUUGAGUUACAGGAUUCAGAAAACAGCACAGAACUCGCACCAGAAGACGAGCUGGCGGAAAAACUUAGAGUCAAAAAACUACAGGAGGAUUCAGACUUAGAACUAGCAAAAGAAGCGUUUGGUGUAGUAUCAAAUAACGUUACAGGAAUUGAUGCGAUGAGUCCCUCUACAAAAGAUGACUUCACAGAGUUUGAGCGGUUGCUAAAGGAAAAGAUUUCUUCCUAUGAGAAGUCGAUACACUAUUCCAGCUUUUUAGAGACGCUGUUUAGGGACCUGUGUCUUUCAUUGGAAGUUGAUGACAUGAAGAAAAUUAGCAACUCACUAACAGUGUUACUAAGUGAAAAGCAGAGGCAAGAAAAGGCAAACAAAGGUAAAAAGAAAAAGAAGGGAGUUGUACCAGGAGGAGGAUUAAAAGCCACAAUGAAAGAUGAUCUCGCAGACUACGGGGGGUUCGACGGCGGUUAUGCACAAGACUACGAGGAUUUCAUGUGACCAAGGCUUAACCCUUUACUAGCUUUUGUUUGCUGAUUGCUGGACCACACACACCUUAACAGCAUGACCUUACCCCACAGUCAGGCCCACUACCAGAACCAUGCUAGAAAACUCUGACGCCAUCCCACGCAACGCACACUCUCCCCUCAAAGAGGCUUACGCAGAGAAUCAGUUCACUGCCGUAUCUUUCUCUGGUCUGUGAACUUAGGUCAGCGUCUGUCGGAACGAAGAACCCGACAAAACGGUCCUCCUCGCAAAUGUGAAUCUGCAAGUAUCGAUUAAUCGUCACGGCCCGGGCGACCAAGAGUGUUAUUGUUCGGUAACUGCUAUUUCUUGGAAAUAAAUGACGUUCUAUGCAAAUUUCAGUCCGGAUUGAUCUGUCGUCGGAUCCUUUAGGCCGUUUAACACAAGCCCAAGUGGUGGUCUGGUAGUCGCAUGGUUUAACAGUCACGUCUCCAAUCGGACCUUUCGUUUUCUUUUUUCUGUUCGUAGACGAUAGUGAGCUCAUUUGUUUAGGUAAGUAAAUCUAUAGCGUAGCGUACCAAAUAUAAGCGUAAUGCUUCGAAAAUAACGCCUUUGUGUUUGUAGCUCGUAAUGCAUUCCUUGAAGUCUGUGACCAAAAGUAUCACUCUAAAUGAACCGUCUGAGAUGCAUCGCAGCGUUAUUUAGGAUUACCUCAAUUUUUGCAGAACGAAAUAUGCGAAUAUUCACAAAUAUAACUUGUGUUUUCAAUGCAGCACGUUAUGCAGUUACUCAUUUGACCUCAAUCAUGCCAGCAACGAGUGAGCGUGAUCUCACACACGGUCUGCUGAUGUGUAAGGGACUGAACGUUGACGUAGGGUCGUUUCGGGUGGCGUUUGGCUUUCCAUUUUCUCGACAACUUACAGUGAUAGACAUGCUUCAAAGAGACUUACGAUCAGCAAAGCCGAUGAUAGGACUCUGCACUGUUUUAUAAAGAUCUAAUUUAAUAAAAGUUGCUUAAAAUCCA